UACUUCAACUAUAUAAAUUACGAGACAGACGUCAACUGCGGUUUCCACUGUUACUCCGACUUCAAAUUUUCUCCUCUCUGCGGACUUUCCGGCGGCGACGGCCGGGAUUUGUAGUUGCCGGUUACAUAAAAGAGUAAGAGGAACGGGUAAAAAAGAGGUUGAAGAUGAAGAUUUUCGUGAAGACUUUGAAAGGCACGCACUUUGAGAUCGAAGUUAAACCGGAAGAUAACGUUGCCGAUGUGAAGAAAAACAUAGAAUCAGUUCAGGGGAAAGAUGUCUACCCUGCUUCACAACAGAUGCUUAUCCAUCAGGGUAAAGUUCUCAAGGACACUACGACGCUUGAGGAAAACAAAGUUGCUGAAAAUAGUUUCGUGGUCAUUAUGCUUUCCAAGGUACCAACUGUGCAGUUACACAAUAAGGUCUCAUCAACGGGAACCUCAUCUACACCAGCAGCUCCUUCAAAUACGGCACAACCCGCUGGUUCCACUGACCAAGCUAGACAGACGACAACAGCACCUCAAGCUACUGCUGCACCUCCACAAUCUGCUUCUGAGUCUGCUCCCACUCCUGCCCCUGUGCCUGCUGCUACUAGUUCUGUAACAGAUGUGUAUGACCAAGCAGCCUCAAACCUUGUUGCUGGAAGUAACUUGGAGGCCACAGUUCAACAAAUUCUUGACAUGGGUGGUGGAAGCUGGGAUAGGGAUACAGUUGUGCGUGCUUUGCGUGCUGCAUAUAACAACCCUGAGAGAGCCGUUGAAUACUUAUAUUCUGGUAUUCCUGAACUAGCCGAAAUUCCGCCUGUUGCCCGUGCACCUGCUGCUCCUGCCACUGGACAGGCUGUAAACCCUUCAGCUCAGGGGGCUCCACAACCAGCAGUUCCUUCCAGUGGACCAAAUGCUAAUCCUUUAGAUCUGUUUCCUCAGGGCCUAACAAAUGUGGGCUCAAAUGCCGGCGCUGGAAAUCUAGAUUUUCUACGCAAUAGUCCACAGUUCCAGGCCCUUCGAGCAAUGGUGCAAGCCAAUCCGCAAAUAUUGCAGCCCAUGCUCCAGGAGUUGGGUAAGCAAAAUCCACAUUUGAUGCGGCUUAUUCAAGAGCAUCAACCUGACUUCCUGCGCCUCAUCAAUGAACCUGUUGAAGGGGAGGGGAAUGUGUUGGGGCAAACACCAGGAGCAAUACCACAAGCUGUGACUGUUACACCUGAAGAGCGGGAGGCUAUUGAACGUCUUGAAGCUAUGGGGUUUGAUCGAGCUUUAGUAUUGGAAGUAUACUUCGCGUGCAACAAAAAUGAGGAGCUGGCUGCAAACUAUCUGUUAGAUCACAUGCACGAGUUUGAGGAAUGACCUGGAUAAAACAUAGUGCUAUUUGACCUGUUGUUAUAGUUUCCAUUGUACUUUGUUUCGCUUCUCUUCAUUUUAAGUCUCUGCGACUUCCUAUAUAUCUUGUCAUGUGGAGUACAUUUUAUUUCCUCAUUCACAGUUGCUAGCCUUGGAUAGUUGGACCCUUCUGUAUAAUGGAUUUAUAUUAGUAAAAUCGUGCCUGCAAGUUCUCUCGUCA